AUGAAGAACACUAUUGCUUUAAUUUAUAUUUUCUUAACAGUCUUCGCUCAACAUGUACCUUUAUCUUCAGCGUUACAGUGUUAUCUUUGCGAAGAACAGGCAGGAAAAAUAUGCGAUCAAAACGUAAGAAGUGUCCUUAAAACAAAUUGCACGGAAUCAUUUGUAUGCGUAAAAUACAUCUGGUCAGAUAAUGUCGGAACAAUAAUACACAGAAGUUGUUCUCCGAGAUCUAUAUGUGAUGAUCAAAGGGCUCAAAUAAAUCCUGCGACUAAUCGUACUUUAAAGUAUUGCAGUACUUGUAAUACUACGCUGUGUAAUUCUGCGCCGAUAAGUUCAUUUUAUAUUCAUAAUGCUUUUAUUGCCAGUUUCUUUGUAUGUUUGUUUAUGAACAGAUUGUUCGGAUAA